UUGACAGAAGAACAACAAUUCAAGUGAAAGGAGAAGACACCACUGUAGCUGACAAAAUGGAAACCCAACGGUGGAGGAGUAGCGGAAGCUGUAGCCGACUGGUGUACAAGAUUGGAUUGUUCCUGCUAUUUGUGGAAGCCUCCCAUUGUCUACAGAUUACGAAUCUGGACGUUCCACAGUCGUACAUUAUCCAGCGAGGUGACGAACCCGUGGAAGACCUUGUGCUGGAUUGCGAAUUCGAGAUGGAUGAAGCAAAGUCCAAGGGUUUCGUACUCAAGUGGAAGCACAACAGCUUACAAAUCUACCAGUGGAUUCCGGUGACGUCCAAGCCGGUGGCGUUUGCCUCGUUCAAGGGUCACAUCGAUCUGGAUUACGCGGUGUCCGAGGAUCGGUUUCAGAAGUACCGUGCCUUGAGGUUGAUCAAUCCGGCGGCAAACUUUACCGGCAAUUACAGUUGCUCGGUGCAGACGUUCGAGGAGAACGAAACCAAAACCGGCCAUCUGCAGAUCAUCGUGCCGGAGGUGGAGUUCAACCUGACGUACACUCGGGGGAACAAUGGGAGUGUGGUGGUGUCCUGUGGAGUGAGCGAUAUUUUUCCUAAGCCGGAGUUGGCGUUAUUCAUCGAUGAAUCGCAAACCAAGGAGGUAGUCCUUUCCGAGGAGCAACUCCAAGGCACGUAUGACAUGACGUUGCAGCACAUACUCAGCGAUGACUCCAAAGAUGCUGCCAUCAGUUGUCAGCUCUCGAUACCUGGGACCAACUAUACCAAACGGCGCGAAAAGAUGUACCAUGGAGCGGCUUUCCGAGCGAACAUAUCAAUCCUGCAAACCCUACUCUUCGCCCUCGUUGCAGCAGUAUUCUCCAGUUCGUUCAGAUUGUAACGGAAACACCACUAGGCUGGAAACAGUCAGAGUAGUGUGUAGCCCAGUGACAACGAAGAGCGGAGCAUUCGUUCGAUUAUGAAUCGAAAAAAUGAUCGCGUCACACCUUGUAACAGUGUCUUAUUAGCUACAUUUUCGUGUUAAUACCGUUAUCGGCGGAGAGAUUUCACCAAACAUCAACCAACCAACGAUACAAUUAGGCUUAGGAAAUCGAACCAAACAAAAAUUGACGCGCUUCUAUGCUUUUAGCUAAAAGAAACCAGAAUCGACUAUGUUGUGUUUAGCUUUAUUUCGGAGUCUUCCAACUACUACUGUUCAACUGUUGAUUCGUAAGGUUAGGAAUUAUUUAUGUCGAAGAGAAAAGUCGCACAAGUUAUGAGAACCACUUUUUCAGUUUGCACGCAAUUCCGUGUGCUUUGUUUUGAGGAUGUGUUGAGAGCUGUUAAUUUAUUAGGUUAAUUGAUGUAAAUAGUUAUUCGUACAUUUCCCGUCUACCUGAUUACUUCCUGCACUAUUUCCUUUCUGUUUAUUUAUUUUUUUCUUAAAGCGCAGUCUUUUUCAUUGCUGUCUAUUUAUAACGAAGUCUAUUAACCAAAAAAGUGUACGCCAAAGCAGAAACGAUUAUUAUUAUACUAGGAAAUAAAAAUUUCGUACGGAGAUCGGA